AUGGUUGCGCCCGCUGUCCCUGAGAUUCACGAGGAGGAGGAGAUCUAUAUUGCCGUUGAUGCGCGUACCGAGUCAUUGCAGAACUUGCGGGAGCUGGGGCCUCCAGACUUGGUAUAUUUGGUGAAGCAGCCAAAGGCCAACUCCACUCGCCAGACUGGUGUAUAUCACCACGUUACUGGUAUCGAUGCCUCUUCGUCAGCCAGUCUUGCCGCCUAUGUCAACACCCUCACGUUCUCUCCCCUCGAUAAGACGCACAAGGUGGUUUCAGGAAUCUACUGUUGCUACAAUGCGUUCUCUCACCUGGACAUGCGAGUCGAAGUUAAGAUUCCUGGAAGCUUAGAGGCUUACUGUAUCGAUGAGCGCGGAGACAAGCGCGUUGCUACGGAAGCUUUAUGGCUGGAGACUUUCCUCUGCGCUGUUCUUAGAGCUUAUCUGUACGCUGAUGAUGGAUGUGGAGACCAAAUCAAGAAGAUUGUCGGUGUUCGACGCUUCAACCCAAUUACCAACACAGAAAUGGAGCAUAAGUUCUUGGAUGCUGCUGAGAGAUUGUUUUUCUUGGGACGCCAACUCAGCUCCGAUCCCGAAACCCAAGUUCCAAACACUGUGAGCAAUCAUCUCACUUCCGGAAUCCUCAAGUACAUUCACACAACCGGCCGCUACACAUCUGGUAUCAAUCUUUUCGAGAAGCUGCGCACACGAGAUGUGGAGGUUUCAUCCCUGUUGGCCCGAGUACAAUUGAUGGCCGAUGAGGAAGUUCAGGCUGUACGGUUGAUGUACGACGCUUUGCAGGAUGUCCCAAUGGACUAUGCUCUGCUUGAUUGCCAGGCUUCAUUCUGUCAGACUAAGGGCGAAGGAGAAAUGGCCUUGGAGUGUGCUAAGCGGGCAGUGACUGCUGCGCCGAGCGAGUUCACCACCUGGGCCCGUCUUGCUGAAGUAUAUGUCGGACUGGAACGAUGGGACUUAGCCCUUCUCACUCUCAACUCUUGCCCCAUGUUUACAUACCAAGAUAAGGAUACCCCACGCAUGCCACAGCCAUCCCGCAUUAUGCUUCCAAUCCUCUCGGAGAGCAUACUCGACGAAAUCGAUGAAGGCCAGCCCAAGCAGGGCGACCCCCAUGACUUCAUACAUCCAUCUCUACGAAAAUUGCACGCUGCCGGUUAUCAGGGAACAUUCUUGAAAGCCUACAACCUUUUAACAAAGAUUGCUGCUGCAAUUGGAUGGGAUCAACUGUUGAGGGUACGAAGUGAGGUUUUCGUCAUGGAGGAGGAGUACCGCGUCGAGCGUCAUCAUGUGCCGAAACCUGCACAGUCACUUGAGGCAGAGUUGAACGGUCACGGUUCCAGUAGCACCGGAGAGGACGAGGAAGAGGACUCAGGCUCUGUCACUGGUCCUGGUCCAGAAAAUUCCGCAAAUUCAGCUGCUGUCAAUGGCGACUCCAACGCUGCAGAUGCCGAGAGCUCUAUUGAGCGACCCGAACAAACAGUUGCGUCGGAGGUGGUUAAGUCCGGCAAUGAAGAUUCUGACCCAUCACACACCGCAUACACCCAAUUCCGCAACAAGCGCCUUUGUGAGCGAUGGCUAGACAACCUUUUCAUGGUCCUGUACGAGGACCUUCGCAUCUAUACUAUCUGGCGCACAGAGAUGGCUCAGUUCCGUCAACAGGCAAUGGAGUACAAAAAGUCCCCCACUGAGUGGGAGAUUCUUGGUGAGCUGGCGGAAAGACUUCACCACUUCGACGAGGGCAUCGAAGCGUACCAGAACUGUCUGGCAACUCGAUUCUCACCCAAGGCCAUGCGUGGUCUGCUGAAGCUGUACGAGAAGCGGAAUGACACUCGGGGGAUGUUGGGUGCACUGAUCCGUCUCAUCGCAUGGCAAUACCGCUGGUACUCCGAGUUCUCUCCGGAGCUGUUGUUCUUAGUGCGUAAGCUGAUUGAGGACGAGGGCGCCGUCAAGGUUCGCAGCAUCGUGCAAGCCACCAACUUGCCCCAGCCCGUCCUGGAUCUUACACACCAGUACUGUCAGCUGUGUGCCACAUUCCGCAGCAGCGGUAGUGAUACUUAA